ACGGUGGCAACAUCAACGUUACAGUCAACCACGACUCUGGUAUUUCUCGUGCUGGCUGCAUUUGCUAUCCUCAGACAUUGCAACAGACGAUGCCUAUCCUUGGACUGCAUUGUCGUCGUCAUGUCUAUAACUAAUUAUUGCUACUGAAGCCGCGGUGGCAGUAAUAUUGGCAGUUCUUGCGGCUACCAGCCCAUCUUCGUCCUGUCCUCAAGUUCCGCUGCAUCGGAAAAGCCUGGGUCGAAUUUGGAUCGGCUUGCGCGACUUCGUUAUACUUUCUCAUCGCCCAGGGUCAGGGCAUGGAAGGCUUUCAGAUCACUGCCUGGCCUCUGCUCGCCCUAUACCUUCGCACUUUGUGGCGUUUCGGAGGCACUCGUGUGUUGCUCAGCUAUAUCCGUCACAUCACUUUCUACUCUCGACUUUAACGCCAAAACUCAUGUUCUCAAGUCUUUGUGACAUGUCACCUUUGGCUUCGUCUCUCCUUCAGCCAUUUCUAUAAUUGCUGCUCAACCCUCGUUUGCCAGCUCACGGUAGCACAACUACAUACCUCGUGGGGGCGGAUACUACGACUUCCAUUCUCAAUCACUUGAUGCUUGGCUAUUUCUGUGAUUUUUGAUGUUCUUCAGUCUCACCAGUCCAUUGAUUAAGGUAUUUCAUGAAUUUCCAUUUUCAGCAAAUUUUCACCGACGCAUCCGUCGGAUAACCCUGAUAUUUGUACUUGUACUUGAAGAGGUGGUUGAUAAACUGGCUAGACUGUUGGCGUCUUCAACUCUACUAGGGCUGUUUACUUGACAGACAAUCUGGAUCCUCGCUGCCUCCCAAUCAUAAUGUCUUCUCGGUUUCCCGGGAAAUGACAAAUGUCACAACACUUGCAACAUAAUCGCAUAUCCUGAAAUGCA